AUGGCGCCACCGUCGUGGCAAGGGCACGCAGCUGCCGCCGUCCUCUCCGCCUUCCUCCUCGUCAUAGCACCGUACGCCGCGGCCAUCGGCGUCAACUACGGCACCAAGGGCGACAACCUCCCGCCGCCGGCGAAGGUGGCGUCGUUCCUCGCCAACCGCACCCGCAUCGACCGGGUGAAGCUGUUCGACACCAACGCCGACAUGGUCCGCGCCUUCGCCGGCACGGGCAUCGCGCUCACGGUCACCGCGGCCAACGGCGACAUCCCCAAGCUCGCCACCAAGGACGGCGCCGCCGCUUGGGUGUCCGCCAACGUCGCGCCCUACUACCCCGCCACGGACAUCUCCCUCGUCGCCGUCGGGAACGAGAUCAUGGCCACCGCCGACAAGACCCUCAUCAACAGCCUCGUCCCCGCCAUGCGGGCGCUCAAGGCCGCCCUCGUCGCGGCGGGGUUCCCCAAGAUCCGCGUCUCCACGCCGCACUCCCUGGGCGUCCUCUCCGUCUCCGAGCCGCCGUCGGCGAGCCGGUUCCGCGACGGCUUCGACCGCGCCGUGUUCGCGCCGAUGCUCGAGUUCCACCGCCAGACGGGCUCGCCGUUCAUGGUGAACCCGUACCCCUACUUCGGGUACAACGGCGGCACGCUGGCGUACGCGCUGGCGCGCCCGGGCGCCGUCGGCGUCGCGGACCCCGGCACGGGGAUCACGUACACGAGCAUGUUUGAGGCGCAGCUGGACGCGGUGUUCUCGGCGAUGAAGAGGCUCGGGUUCGGCGACGUGGAGAUCGCGGUGGGGGAGACCGGGUGGCCGUCCAAGGCUGAGGACGGGCAGGCCGGCGUCAGCGCCGCCGAGGCGGCGGAGUACAACCGGUACCUCAUCGGCGAGGCCGCCGGCGGAUCGGGCACGCCGCUGAUGCCGAAGCGAACCUUCGAGACCUACAUCUUCUCGCUCUUCAACGAGAACCUCAAGCCCGGCCCCGUGGCCGAGCGCAACUUCGGGCUCUUCGAGGCAGACCUCACGCCGGUGUACGACGCCGGCCUCAUGAAAGACGGGGCGAAGGCGGCAGCCGAGCCGGCGCCGGCGGCUACCCUGACAUCCGCCGGAUCAGGAGCGCCGGAGCCGGCGAAGGCUCGCAAUGGCGGCAAGGCCGCGAAGAAACAUGUCACGGAGGCGGCGGCGCCGGCUGAGACGGACGCGUCGGCGCCUGCAGAGACGCCCGCGUCGGCACCUGCGCCUUCGUCGUCGGAGGACGCCGCUUCGCCGAUGGCCACCGGACCGUCACCGUCGGGGGUGGCGCCGGCAGAGGGCGAUUCGACCGACGAUGAGAAGACGCCGAAAUCACUCACUAAUGUAGUAAUGUCUAAUGCUUUUCGCUUUGUUGAUGAAACUACUGGUCAGGACGGUGAUGGCGCCGAGGGAAGCACGGAGAAGAAGGCCGACACAUCGCCGGCGCCGGCCGGAGCGGCUUCAGCAGCCGCCGACAUUCUCGUCCCCAUCUCUUCCAUCCUCACGGCUGCUCUUUCCCUAGCUCUUCACAUAUAG